AAACAGAAUAUUUGGGUAGAUGUCUAUUGAGUGACUGACGUAUUGUGUUUCAUACAGAAUCAAAAUCUAUAUUUUUAUUUCUUAAGUUGUGUGUGCAACUGUGCAUUUAAGACGCAUGAAUUUCUGUUAUUGAUUAAACGUAUUUUGAAAAAAUAUGAAUGAUGAAAAGCAACCACUUCUUACUGGGCCCAGUACCCCCACGGAAAGUAAUGAAACACAAAUAGUUGAGUUAGUUAGUGAAUCAAAUGUGCACUCUAACGAAGAAAAACGUAAAGCUGAAUACCACCCAGCCUCAGAACGAUGUUUGGAACACCCAACGUCGAAUUUCGAUACCUUGAUCCACCUGCUGAAGGGCAACAUUGGAACAGGGAUUUUGGCUAUGCCUGAUGCAUUUAAAAAUGCUGGUCUAAUAUUUGGUGUGUUUGGCACUUUGUUAAUGGGAGCAAUAUGCACACAUUGUAUGCACAUCUUAGUGGAAUGCUCCCAUGAGCUCUGUAUCAGAAAUCAACGACCAGCACUGAGCUUUUCAGAAGUGGUAGAAGAUGCGGUAGCUUCUGGACCCGUAUUUCUUAGACCAUAUGCCAAGAAAAUGAAGAAUGUAGUGAAUGUUUUUCUGGUAAUAACACAAUUGGGGUUUUGCUGUGUUUACUUUUUGUUUGUCGCAACUAACCUACAAGACACGAUACCUCUUUCUCACAAGACGCACCUCGGUGUCUAUUGUUACUUGGCUUUAUUGUUCCCAGCAAUGUUUGUGCUAACUAUGUUGAAGAAUUUGAAGUAUUUAACCCCCGUUUCAUUGAUCGCUGCUAUCAUGACAGCUUGGGGGCUUGUUAUAACAUUUUACUACAUAUUGCAAGACUUGCCGCGCACAAGUACGGUGAAAUCGUUCGCAAGUUGGCGCCAGCUACCUUUAUACUUCGGCACCGCAAUUUAUGCAUUUGAAGGAAUUGGUGUGGUGCUUCCCUUAGAGAAUAACAUGAAAACACCUGAAGACUUUGGUGGUUGGGCUGGUGUACUCAAUACUGGCAUGGUGAUCGUAGCAGCUUUGUAUACGGCUAUUGGUUUUUUCGGCUACUUAAAAUAUGGGAACCACGUUCGCGGAAGCAUUACUCUCAACUUACCAGACGACUUACUAGCGCAGAGUGUCCGUACUAUGAUGGCGGCAGCUAUCUUCCUAUCGUAUGGCCUUCAAUUUUAUGUGCCAAUGAACAUUGUUUGGCCUUACGUUAAGUCUAAAUUAACCUCGGAAACGGCGCUGAAAUACGGAGAAACAUUUACGAGGUUAAUUAUGGUUACCAUAACAUUUACGGCGGCCGCUCUCAUACCCAACUUGAGCGGUAUUAUAUCGCUAGUCGGCGCGUUCAGCAGCUCAGCACUCGCGCUCAUAUUCCCACCGGCAAUAGAGAUUAUCACCUUCUGGCCUGACAAGUUGGGCAAACACUACUGGAAACUUUGGAAAGACGUUCUCAUCAUCAUAUUCGGUUUCACUGGAUUCGUGUUCGGUACUUACGCUAGCAUAGAAGACAUAUUGAACCGCCAAAAUAUAUAAAUAUUUUUGACACAAGGGUUAUUUUAACCAAAGAUUAUAUUAAUAAUAAUAAUUUAUUAUGUAUGACAAACAUGACAAUAAUUGUAUGUAGCUAUUAUUUAGAUCUGUUUUGCUUUAUAAAUAUUGUUUUACUUUAGCUUAUAGGAUGACAAAAAAUUAAAGCUGUUAAAAGUGUAUUUUUAAGAACCUUCUAGUAUUAAAAUGGAAUUAUAGUUCUUGCCAAUAAGAUAAUGAAACAAAUAAUCAAAAUUUGUAAAGAUAUACGCUUUACUCAAUUUGAUUGUAUUAAAAGUGAAAAUUUGCAUUCCUUGUUAGAAAUACAUUAAAUGUACCUGUUGGUAUUUUUACUUGUGAUUAUACCUAUUAUGUGAUUUUUUUUUUAUAUUUAAUUAUUUUAUAGCUUUUAUAUUUGAUGAGUUAUAUUUAACAUUGUGACAAGAACUUAUUAAUACAUAUAUUACUGUUGUAGUCGUUUUAUGUGAGACAUGAAACAUUUUAUUUAAACGAAAUCAAAUCUAAAUAUUUUUCUAGUACCUAUAUUGUAUAACAAAUAUUUAAUUCACGUAUUAUUAUUCAAUGUAAUAAUAAUAUCGCUGCCUACGUUAUCAAAAAUAUCUACAGUACCUUUGUUGUUAUUAAGGCUAAACGUUUCGCAAAGACAGCACUGUUUCGAUAUAUAGCGUUACUUCUGAAUAUAAUUUUUUUUUCAUAUAUUUAUUUUUAUUUAGUAAAAAGAGAUCGCGAAAUUGCAGAUACGUGAUUUUUAAGUUGAACUAUAAAUGACUGGACUAAAACAGGCAUUUUGCUAUCACGGAAAAAUGCAUGGUUCUUUUUACAAUCCAAAAUCCACGCGAACUAUAAUGUUACGGACAACAAGUAAAGUAAGAAUAUUCAAAAGUAAUGCCAUUAAUCGACGCAAUGUGUACUAGCAAGCAAAGCGAAACAUUCCCCUUUACAAACUUUAAAUGUGUAUAAUUUGUCUAGAAACUGUACCACACGAAGUUUCAUAGUUCUGCAGCGGUAACAUGACAACAGCAUACCGAGGGCGAAGCGAUAAUUGAAUCAAUAGAUUUGGUUUAUUUAUCACGUAGCCAAUAAGAUUAGUUCAUUUGUCGCAACGUACGCGAUAUGCGAGCAGCGUGUUACGGGGGCAGGCUUAAACCUAUAAGUAAUAUAAUAAUUCCGUAUAGUAUGACAACACUAAUAAUAUGACAAUUUUAUUCAAUUCACUGAUGUUAGGGCUUAUUAACUAAAAGGUACCUAUGUUAUUUAAAUUUAAGGUAUUCUCGGAUUCUUUUUUUAAAAUCUAAUCAGUUAGCGAUAAAGUGAAGUUAAUAUUUGUGAUUAAUAAAAUAAAUAUAAUUAUUAUUACAAUUCAUAUUCUUAAAAUAUAUUGUUAACUAUAUGACUAUAAUAUUUUAUAGCUUUAUCGCAAAAAAAAGCCCUCAUUAUAAAUUAAGAUCUAAACAAAUUAUUACUUUAGAAAAAUUAUACUCGUUUUGCCUGAGUGCUUUAUGCAGCUUGUAUUUGUGUACUUACACUGAAAGAAAAAAUAUAGUUCAAUGAAGUGAAACUA